AUGACUCGACAACAUCCUCCCACCGUGCUUGACCUGAUCCAAGGUAUUUGUGAUGUUUAUCCAAAUAACAUCGCGGUCGAAGAUGGACGUCAAUCGUUGAMCUACAGCGAAUUGAACCAGCGUUCGUCUGCUCUUGCAUACCAACUGCAGCAAUGCGGCGCGACUCCAUCACAAGUCAUACCCAUCCUGACCAACUCCUGUUUGGACAUGGUGGUGGGUAUCCUCGGGAUCCUCAAAACCGGAGGGGUCUACGUCCCUAUCGACUGCGACCAAUGGCCAGAGGAACGGAUACACAAUGUGUUGCAACGUACAAGCUCAGGUCUUGUAGUCUGUACAAUGGACAUCAGACCACUUCCAGAUACAUUGAUCGUUCGUGUUGAUGAGCUGAACGACAUUCAACACAGUGCUUCAUUAAUGUCUCCUGUGAGAUCACCGGAGCUAGCAGCCAUUAUUUUCACCUCGGGGACAACCGGAUUACCAAAGGGAGUGGAGAUCAAGCACGAAGCUGUUGCGAACUUCGUCACAGCACCUAACUUCAACUACGAUGUGACUCCCGACGACCGAGUCCUCCUCGUCCUGUCCAUUGCCUUUGACGCCGCACUAGAGCCACCACGCUCGUACGGCGACUACUCACAUCUAGAUAGGAUCAUCCUUGGAGGCGAGACGCCCUCACAAACACUUUUGGACUCCUGGUCUCUUCUUCAAAGACCAAUCUGGAUUGCCUACGGCCCAACUGAGAGUUUUUGCGCAAUAUUGACUGGCCAAUUGAAGAGGUGUAAAGAUACGAAGAUGUUCCGGCCAACAAUGCUAGGAGGUGUCAUCCGAGGUGCCCAAGUGUCGCUUGUAGAUGAAAAGGGUACAAACAUCGAGGCUCUCGGCGAAGAGGGCGAACUCCUAAUCUCUGGCAUUGGCUUGGCGAAAGGCUAUUGGAAGGAUGAAGAACGGACCAAGGAGAGAUUUAUCCUUCAAGAUGGUAUCCGCAAGUAUCGAACGAGCGACUUUGCAAAAUGGACGCUGGACGAUGACGGUCAACGAACGAUUGAGUUCUGUGGUCGAAAGGACCGGACAGUCAAGAUCCGUGGCUUUCUCGUCAAUUUGGAACUUGACGUUGAUUCAGCGGUGCUUGCAAUGCAGCCUACCCUCACGGCAGCACACUCCGUUGCCGUGGGAGACUAUCUCUAUACGGCUAUCGCUCCAUUUAUAGGAGAUGUGAAUGAGUUGCGGAGAUGCUGGAUGGCCAGAGUACCACACUAUCUCGUACCGGCCCGAUUCAUUGCACUCGAUAUGUUGCCAAUGACACCCAACGGCAAAGUAGAUCCACGCAGGGUGGUGGAUAUCGUCAAGGAAUUGGUCGCCCAGGAAGAUCAAGAAAUGCCAACCGACAUGGCUAACGCAGACGACCUCACAAUUGCGGUGUUGCGGAGCACAGCUCAGACACUAGGUGUCCCAAUAUCGUCGUUGGAUCUCGACCAGUCCUUCAUCUCGCAGGGUUUGCACUCUCUGGCCGCUGUCAAACUGUCCGCAAAUUGUCGCAAGCAAGGGUUUGCAGUUGCGGUGGAGGAUAUCCUGACCACGCCAUCUAUACAGGCCCUCAUUGACAUGUCCCGCAAGGCGCAAGUACCAGCAGCGGAUCUUGCGUUGACUGCAUGUGCAAAAACGACAUCCCUCAGUGCACCUCUAACAACUCUCCAAAAGAUGCUCAUUUACAACAGUCUAGAGCGGACAUCGGUCAAUGUGGUCCAACACAUGUCUCGAUAUCGGACUGACGACAUUCCCCGAMUGCUGAUGGCCUGGCAUGUUGUCUCACAAGCAGAGCCCAUCUUCCGGACGCGAUUAGACUUGGAUGCAGGACUACAGCACAUCGAAGAAGAAGUCCGAUUCGAAUGGGUCGAACUUUUCGUCAGCUCCCAGGGUGACAUCGAAGACAAGCGUACGAAGGCCGCUGAAACAGUAGGAUUGAGCACCAGCCUGACGGUGCUUCACUUUGAAGGAUCUGAGCUGCCAGCAGAUCAGAGCAUGGUUAUUCUGUCGAUCCACCAUGCACUUGUGGAUGGUUUUUCAGCAUCGCUGCUACUAAGCAAGGUAGCCGCAGCCAUCGAUGAUCAGCCUUUCGAGCCAUCGCCGCCUUUCACAGUGGCUGUCGAAUGUCUCGCACAGUAUGCAGCAGAGACUGCCACUGAUGCACAAGCUUACUGGCAGCAACAGGAGCAAGACUUUCCAGAUGCUGUGGGCGAGAUCUUACCAUCGAAGCGGCCUUUCCAUCCCAGCACCGGACACGCAGAACAUACAGUACUAACGGGCCUGAACCUCUCAGAACUGUCCAAAUGCGCUGAGACCAGCGGAGUGACACCCGCAGCAUACCACUUCGCUGCUUGGGCUCUACUUCUAUCAAGCUACGCCAACUCCAAAACAGUAAUGUUUGGUGCAGUCGUUUCUGCCAGACUUCUGAGCUUCGACGGCGCAGAUAGCAUCAUCGGCCCAAUGAUCAGCACACAGCUUCUUCGCCUGGCCAUUGAGGGGGAACAGUCGUCCACCAAGUUCGUGCAGCAGACUUUCCACGCACUCCAAUCUGCAGCCAAGUUUCAGGCGGCGGACCAGGGCUCGGAACAACCUCAAUAUCAAUCCGCUCUCGCAAUUCAGUACGACUCGCCGGAGCAAGAGGCGAAGACCUUGAAGCGUCUUGGACCGGCGACAGUAAUCGAGAAUCCAGAUCUCCCAAUCAGUAUCCUGGUAGAGAGUGAUGAUCGCGUGCGGUUCCUUUACAAUCUUGAGCAUUUCACUCCGGACGAGGUUGAGCAAAUGGCAUCUGUGUAUCGCAACUUGCUGAGAGCAUUGGCAUUGUCCAAACAGAGUGUGCAAAAGUGUCUGUCGAUGCGCCUCAACCCGGACACGGCUCGCAAACUGUUGGAAUUUGGCAACAUCGACUCGAAAAUUGCACGCACUCCGGCUUUGGGUUGCACCAGACGGCCCACAGUCACCGAUCUUCUGUACCARUCAUGCCGAGAGAACUGUUGGCGAGUGGCGCUGGAGAAGAACGACAUUCAGAUGACUUAUGCAGAGCUCCUCCGCAGCGCUUCCCGCGUUGCAAGUGUGGUGGAUAAACUGACAUGUCGUGGGGAUGUUGUCUGCGUCGUGGCCGAUCGCUCAAUAAAUUGGAUCAUCGGGGCGUGCGCAGCAGUCCUGGCGGGAGCUGUGUAUUGUCCGAUCGACAGCUCGCACACUCUGGAGUACCGAUCCGAAUUGAUCAUUCGAAGCUCAGCGAAGCUUCUCCUCCAUACCGAAGCAAACCAGGCGGCGACUCUGAUACCUAAUGGUCCUUUGGCGCUCUCCAUCGAUCAGUUGUUGGCCAGCAAUGUGCAAGGUACCUAUUACACCCCGAGAUUGCCAAAUGUUCGAGACGGUGUCUUUCUUUGCUUCACUUCUGGUUCCACAGGAAWGCCAAAAGGUGUGCUCUGCGAACACGGAGGAGUCACGGCAUUCCACUCAGACCUUACAGUCCGGCUAAACAGCGCCCCUAACGUACGGAUAGCGCAGUUCUUGUCGCCGGGAUUCGAUGGUUGCGUACACGAGGUCUUUGGGGCACUGUGUUAUGGAGGCACUCUCGUGCUGCGAAAGACUGCGGAUGAUGUUGUUGGUCAUCUUGGUAGCGUGGACGUCGCUAUGACGACUCCAUCUGUCGCUGCAGGGCUGGACCCCAGCGAUUAUCCCAACCUCAAAUACGUACGUCUUGCGAAGUGGUGGUCUGCGGUCGCGGCGGGAACGAAGAGAGAGGUGCUGACUCAUUCGCAGCUAUACUUCGCCGGCGAAGCAGUGCAACAGGCUGUACUCGAUCGAUGGGCGCCAUGCCGUGCUUUAUAUAAUCUGUUUGGCCCUACAGAGGGAACUAUUGGUGCUUGCCAGCAGGAGCUGAAAGCCGGGGUUCCAGCCAAUGUAGGACCACCAGUGGCUUCGACGCGGCUUUAUAUCGUGGAUGACUCCUACGAACUGGUACCACCCGGCGCUGUCGGCAGCAUUUUCAUCGCUGGUAUCCAAGUCAGUCGCGGUUAUAUCGGCAUGCCCGAGCAAACCGCAAGGAACUUUCUUCCAGAUCCGUUCUGUGGCGAUGGCAAGGAACAGAUGUACCAUACCGGCGAUCUCGGCUUCUGGGAUAGCGACGGCAACGUGCAUGUCUGCGGACGCCGUGACCGGCAAAUUAAAAUGCGAGGUUACCGCAUCGACCUUGAUGAUGUUGGGGGUAUUGCAACUCGGCUCAUGGCCAAAAUCCGAAAAGCAGUAGCCAUUGAGCACCAGGGUAAAGUGGUGCUUUGGGUGGAGCCAGAUCUGAGAAAGUGCGAACAUGCCGAGCUCAGGAGGCGAUUGCAAGGCGCGUUGCCAUUCUAUGCGGUCCCCAAGCGCAUCAUUUCAAUGCCGCAGCUGCCUCUGUCUCGCAAUGGAAAGCUGGGUGCUGCUGAAUUGGGUCGACAGCUUGCUUGCGGCGAAGUCGAUGUCGUCCGACCCGGUAGUAGAAGACGGCACUCGGAGGAGACCCGCUGUGAAUUGACGCCCUGGGAAACCAUAGUUGCGCAAGCAUGGCGUGUUUUACUGGAACUGGACGACUCAGUAAUUCUUGGCCCCGAGGAUAGUUUCACGGACAUGGGUGGACAUUCAAUUCUCCAACUACGCCUCACUGCGUACCUGCGAAAGGCUUGCAAGAUCUCUCUGGGUGCGCGAGAGAUGAUACAAGCACGUACUCUCGCCGACAUGGGCGCGGCUGUGGAGAGGCUUGUGGGAGCCAAGGCUGCGCGACCAAUCUCAAGCCCAGUCCAGGAUUCUCUUCCCAUUCUCGGAAAGAGCAAACUCUCACCUGCUGAGCUAGAGUGGUGGCACAGAUAUCAAACGUCGAAGUGGCAAUGCACCUUCAACGUGCCGUGGAUUGCAGAACUGCGUCCAGGUGCUGUCGACAUAUCCCGCCUAGUGGAUGCGCUGAAUGCAGUCAUGGACCGCCAUCCCAUCCUACGGUCGCGAUUCCAGUCGCGCGAUGACUGUCAGCCUGCACGCAUUUUGUCAGAUGAACCCAUUCGAGUGCAGCGUAUGCAUCACCUCGAUGCCAUCUCAUUUGUCAACCAUCCCUUCGACCUGAGUAACGAGUGUCUGACAAGAAUUGCGGUGUCCCCGUCCAUGUUGGCCAUCAACAUCUCGCACAUAAUCUGCGAUCUCACAUCUCUACAGACACUCUUAGCGGAGACGGCGAUGCUGUACCACGGAAACAUCGCCCCACCAGUGGAACGGGAUUACUUCUGUAGCUCAGCAUGGGAGCAGCCGCUGGAGCCCGAAGCUGCUGCCUUUUGGUCAUCUAACUUCAAAGGCCUCGACUUACAUCGCCAAGAAGGUGUCCAGUGGAGGAAAUCAUACAGUGGAACCUCCCUACAAGUGACGCUUCCAGAGCAGCUGCACAAGGGCAUUGUCAAAUUGACAACCAGCAUGGGCUUGACGCUCCACCAGUACGCCCUUGCGGCAUCGGCAGCCGUUCUCCAUGCCCUAUGCGGACGCAACGAUGUCGUCCUCGGCAGUCCGUACACAAAUCGAACCUCGGUGGAAGAGCAGAAGAUUGUCGGACUUUUCCUGCAAGCCUUGCCAGUUCGAAUCAACGUGGACGACGAGCUCACUUCCGCGGAUGUGCUGGCAGCAGUGCGACAAGCCUCGCAGUCAUCACUUGCUCACGCGAUACCAUGGAAUCAGCUGCUGAGUCUACUCAAAUUGCCCUUUCCGUCUGAACGGCAGCAGUUGUUUGACAGCGUCGUCACCUUUCACGACGACCGUACCGCAGAUCGGUCCGGAUUUCCUCUCGAUGGGGUCACUCCACUCCACUGCUGGACCGAGGGAUCCAAGUUUGGCCUCCUCUUGGAGUGGCAUGCUUUCGCGGACCGCAUCUCGUUGAGGCUCGAGUAUGAUACUGAUCGCAUACCGGAGUGUCUGAUUCGGACGAUUCAGAGUAUGCUUCUAGUGGCAGCGGAAAAGCUGCUGGUGCCAACGGUUCGGUAUGGAAAUCUCCUACGAGAGCUGGAGUGCCUUCUGGAGCAGCGUUGUGUUGCCGCGGGUGGUGAUGCGGAAAAAUGGCGGGCCAUUGCCGUGCAGCAUCUGCGAGGAGUUUGA